AUGCAAGUUGUUAGUGACAGUGGUGAGGCCAAUGCAGUUGCCAUUGUGAAUCAGGAGGAAAAUCAUGAAAGAGAUGGCAAGGGAGGUGAUUCUGAGCUUCGUGAUUUUAUGGGUAAUACAUCAUGGCUUGUGAAUUCAUACAUGCAGAAUGAGGCAAGAAAAGCCAAUCAGACUACCAUGGUUGCCGAGGAGAAAAUAAUGGAACCUCCUGAAGAGUCUAUAGGAAUUUCUAAGCAAAAAUGGCUUGAGGAGAGGAAGAAGAUAAUUGGUAGACUUUUUGAUGCCAAUGGUUUGAAUAUGAGCAAAGCAUAUAUGCUGGACACGCAAGACAUGGCAAAGUCAAAGUAUAAAAAAUGGGAGAAGGAGCCUACUCCUGCUGAUUGGGAUGAAAAACAAGGCCCAAUAUUCAGAACUUGUAAGAAUUGCAAGACGCAGUUCGAUCCUGUUCUCAAUCACCCCCGAGCUUGCCGUUAUCACACAGCUCAUUUUGGUGGAGAAACAAAGAGAAAGUUUGAGAGUGUAUUCUCCGGAGGCACUAUGGACACCCCCGACUCUGGCAAAGUUUUUCAGUACUGGCAUUGCUGUGGGUCUGAAGAUCCCUUUGACCCUGGAUGCACUUCUGCACCUCAUGCUUCCUAUGACGACUGA